CAGGAAGCGGAAGCAAUCAGGUCUCCUCUUGUGUUGACUUCUUUUGAGCAGAGGGAAACAAAUCGCACGGAUUCAGCUGAAACAAACACACAAUAUUCAUAAUUACCACGCAGUUCACACCGUAAAGGAAUAAGUACCAAUAUCAUCAUCAGUAAAUGGGAAAGAGGUGAAGAUGUUCAGCUUCGAGGGCGAUUUCAAGACAAGACCCAAAGUGUCACUCGGGGGAGCAAGUAAAAAGGAAGCUAAAGCAUCUCUGCUGCAUCGUACACAAGAAGAAAGAAGAAAAAGAGAGGAUGAUAGGAAACGACUGAAGAAUGCCAUCAUCAUUCAGUCCUAUGUCCGCGGCUAUCAAGAUUUGAAACGACAGUAUGCCAUCCAGAGAGCAACUUUUGAUGAGUGUGCCAGCCAGACACAGCACACUUUGGAAGCGCCCACGCUCAGUCUCUUAUGCAGGCAGCUUAUCUUUUUCUACAGACAGAACGUGGAUGCACAUAGAUUGAUAUGGCUGUGCCAGAACCUGGUGAAACACAACUGUCAAUUCGUCAAGCUGCUAGUGGGUCCGCACAGACAGACGUGUAUAUUUCAGAUCAAGAGAAUACUGGGUUUCUGCUGCAGACUAUUACAGAACUGCAGUGAUGACAGCUUAAAUGUGGCCGUUCCCAUGCGAAUGUUGGAAAUUUUCUCUUCAGAGAGAAUCUACCUGCCCGUGUUGGCCGACACCAACCAUGUGGCGUCAACGGUCGAGCAGAUUUUGCACUAUAUGGUCCAGACAGGAUACUACAGGUCGCUGUACAUUUUGGUGAAUCACCGCCUCCCUCCCAGUCUGGAGUACACAGACUCCCCUUCAAUUCCCCUGGCAAGCACACUAUUGGAGCACAUCCUCAAACCUCUGCACUUUAGCUACUCCUCCUGCACAGCGGAUGCAAGGCAUUUUGUCUUUGCCGCCUUUACUGAGGAGUUCAUUUCAGCGCCGUUCACCGAGCAGAUCUUUCACUUUUUCAUCCCGGCCCUCUCGGACCCUCGGCUUGCAUUCCCUUUCGAGGCCUUCCUCAGCUCCCUCCAGGGCACUGUCACAUCGUCCCCUGUCGCCCAGAGCCGCGCGCCCUGGAUAUUUUACUUUGUCCUCUCUGCAGGAGAGAACUGUUUAGGUUCACUAUCUGAGGAAGGCCUGCUUCUGUAUUUAAGCGCCCUUCAGACACUGUUGCCUCUGUUGCCGGUGACCGAGAGCUGCAGCCGGCCAGAGGUGGGCAGCGACUCUGAAGACGAAGACGACGCCGACAUCCACCCACCGCCUAUGAAGGAUGACAGUCGAAUCUCCGUGCAGCUGAUCACCGAUGAAUGCGUGCGCAAGCUGGACACCAAACAGCAGACUAACACGCUGCUCAACUUGGUGUGGAGGGACUCUGCCAGCGAGGAGGUCUUCACCAUGAUGGCUUCCAUUUGUCAUACGCUCAUGGUGCAGCAUCGUCUCCUGGUUCCCAAAGUCAGACUUCUGUACAGUUUAGCCUUCAAUGCACGUUUCCUGCGGCAUCUGUGGCACCUGAUCACCUCCAUGACCACUAAAAUGAUCACCGGCUCCAUGGUUCCGCUGCUGCAGCUGAUCUCCAGAGGUUCGCCCAUGUCCUAUGAAGACUCCAACCGAAUCAUUCCGCUCUUCUACCUCUUCAGCUCCCUCUUCAGCCACUCGCUUAUCUCCGUGCACGAUAGCGAAUUUUUUGGUCACGAAAUGGAAGGUCAGACGCAGUCGUCCAUGAUGCCUUUCACCCUGUCGGAGCUGGUGACUCUGUCCCGCUGCCUGAGGGAUGCGUGCCUCGGCAUCAUCAAGCUGGCCUACCCGGAGACCAAGACGGAGCACCGAGAGGAAUACAUGGCGGCCUUCCGCAGCGUUGGUGUCAAGACCAACACCGAGGUGCAGCAACGCAUCCAGGCUGAGCAGAAACGCUGGGUGCAACUGUUUAAGGUCAUCACGAACUUGGUGAAGAUGUUGAAAGCGCGUGACAUCCGACGACCCUUCUGUCCGUCGGGUCACUGGCUUUCUCAGGAGGUCAACAUCCGAGCCGAUAAGGUUACUCAGCUCUACGUGCCGUCUGCCCGGCAUGUGUGGCGAACGCGAAGGAUGGGCCGCAUCGGACCCCUUCAGUCAACACUAGAUGUGGGCUCGGAGCCUCCUCAGUUGUCUGUGUCAGAGGAGAGACAUCUAGCCAUCCUAACCGAACUCCCUUUUGUUGUUCCCUUCGAAGAGCGAGUCAAGAUAUUCCAAAGGUUAAUCUAUGCGGACAAGCGGGAUGUACAGGGAGACGGGCCCUUCUCCAAUGGCAUCGUUGUCACCAUCCGACGUAAUUACAUUUACGAAGACGCUUAUGACAAGCUCUCUCCAGAAAAUGAGCCGGAUUUAAAAAAAAGGAUUCGAGUUCACCUACUGAACGCCCACGGUUUGGACGAGGCGGGUAUUGACGGAGGCGGAAUCUUUCGUGAGUUCCUCAACGAACUUCUCAAGUCGGGCUUCAACCCCAACCAGGGUGUCUUCAAGACCACGAACGAGGGGCUAUUGUACCCCAACCCGGCUGCUGAGACGCUGGUGGGGGACUCCUUUGCGCGCCACUACUACUUCCUCGGCAGGAUCCUUGGGAAGGCUCUAUAUGAAAACAUGCUCGUGGAGUUGCCCUUUGCCAGUUUCUUCCUGUCCAAGCUGCUGGGCACCAGUGCUGACGUGGACAUCCACCACUUGGCCUCACUGGACCCAGAAAUGUACCGGAACCUUCUCUUCCUCAAGAGCUACGAGGGCGACGUGGAGGAGCUGGGCCUCAACUUCACAGUGGUCAACAAUGAUUUGGGAGAAGCUCAGGUAGUGGAGCUGAAGCCAGGCGGGAAGGACAUACCCGUCACCACGGCCAACCGUAUAGCGUACAUCCACCUGGUGGCCGACUACAGGCUCAACAAGCAGAUCCGGCCCCACUGCCUGGCAUUCAGGCAGGGGAUCGCCAAUGUGGUCAACUUGGAGUGGCUACGCAUGUUUGACCAGCAGGAGAUUCAGGUGCUGAUAUCCGGUGCUCAUGUUCCAAUUUGUCUUGAUGACCUGAAAAAGUUCACAAACUACUCAGGUGGCUACACGGCCACGCACCCCGUCAUCCAGAUCUUCUGGGAGGUGGUUGAAGGUUUCACAGACGAGGAAAAGCGCAAGCUGCUCAAAUUCGUCACCAGCUGCUCUAGACCUCCUCUACUUGGCUUCAAGGAGCUGUAUCCGGCGUUCUGCGUUCACAACGGCGGCACAGACCUGGACCGGCUUCCCACGGCCAGCACCUGCAUGAACCUACUGAAGCUGCCCGAGUUCUACAGCCAGCAUCAGAUGCGGAACAAGCUGCUCUAUGCCAUCGAGUCGUCGUCCGGCUUCGAGCUGAGCUGAGGCUACGGCGGACAAAUCCAGGAAAUGAUGUGCACUGAAUCGGCUGGGGUUGGUGUGCAUGACUGUGUGCGAGUUGAACGCUAGGAGACCACCGGCCUCGCAUUAAAGAUGCCGUUGCUGCUUUUCUUAAAAAACAAAACAAAACAAAAAAACAUUAAUUUUUUUGGGGCUUUUAGUUAAUUUAAAGUUAGCUUGUCUCGAAACAGAAACUAUGACACCAUUUUCCACUGCACGACAUCUACUUGCAUUUUUUCAAGUUGUAAGCAAGUCUGAAUAUACCAUUUCCUUAUCCAGAACCUGCAUUAAAAUUGGAGUUAAAUCCUAAUUUCAGCGAUUUUUAUUGGAAAAACACUAGCAGGCCAUGAUUUUAAAGCAAUCAAAUGCCGAGACCCUCUAGUGUCUAUACUGUGUUUCACACCUUUUUGUAAGUCAGUCUUUUUGUCUACUGAAAACAUAAAUCCAAAUAAAUCACAGGGCUGCCUUGAGAUGCAAGUAAAAUGGUUUCCUGAUUACAUAUGUAACUCAAAAUGUCUUUCAGAUUAAAAUGAUUGGAUCAUCAAUCUGUUCUGGGCUUCCAUAUAAGAACAAGAAAACAAUUAAGAAUAUGUUUUUAAUUCAUUGGCUGGUAUUAAAAAAAUAUCAAAACCUUAAGUUUUAUUGUAAUUAGAUACAAUAUAAAUAACAUUUGUGACUCAUUAAAGCAAAAGUUCAGUUUUUUUGUUUUUUUUUUACAUCAAGCUUAUUCCUUGAGUUAGCAGGGGUUUAAUUAGUUGGUGGAGUUCAUUUCAACAAAUUCCAUGCAGUUUGUAAGUUAUCUGUUUCAGGGUUUCGGAGUGGUUAAGCUAGCACGAGUCAAUGGGCCCAACUUAACAUGCCGAUAAAAAUAGCAUACACAUCUACGAACAGAUCCAACGUAGUCAAAUAAAUUCAAAAUGCAUAUCAUUGUUCCAAAACACAGUCACAAAAAACUGUCCUAAUUCAUUUCAUUCUGCAGGACUAUUAUUUUUUUUAGAUGCGUAAUACGACCAUACUAAGGAGGAGUGUUUCAGCCACUCGUGCUCAAGCUGCAUUCGAGGAAGGUGUGAAAUCUGACUUAUCCCGUUCGGAGGGUACCAGUUGCGACCUCAAAGCGUUCCAAGCGAAUGUAAACAGCAAAGAUAGCUGAUCGCGACAAGUUAUUUUUUAUUUUUGCCAUCAAACCUGCCUUCUUGUAAGCGAUCAAAGAGUGAAGCCGUUCCAAUGAUAUUUUCCCAGAUCAGAGGUUGGAAACUCUUUCUUCCCACCCUCCUUGAAUGCAGCAUCAGUAUUCUGAUUUAACUCACUGCCGGUGUUGUGCCGAAAAAUAGCCGCCCCGCCUGAAAUGUCCCCCCUGACGGGAACGCUUUAUUGAGGUGAAAACAUCAAAUGUUUUCAUUGACGCAUUACAGUAAUGGAUUUACGACUGGAAAAUCAGUUUUAAAUAAAUAAAUUACACAAAAUACUAGUACUGUAUUUUAGUAACUAAUCGUGGACUGGGCCACAUAACCAUCUUUGAACAGAAAUGUAUCAGUCUCCAGGUUUUCACAACCAUAUCCCAAUGACAAUCACACAGGUAUGACAUUUAUUAGUUCAAGCAGAGUAAAAUAAUACAUAUUCACUAGGGGUGCAAUGGUUCAGUUAGCCCACGGUUUGGUUUGAACCUCGGUUUUGGGAUCACGGUUUCGGUUUGCUUUUUGCAUUUUUUAAAUUUUUUUAUUUUUAUUUUUUUAACUGCCUUUAUUUUGCUUUUAAGAAAAUGAAAUAAACACUUAAAAUGUAAACAUGUUCGACUGUUAAAAUGACUCUUAGCUCUUUGGCUAGUUUAGUGACUACUGAAAUACACACACAGUAGUAAAAAGUUACUUGGCAAAGUAACUGGUGUUACCUUUCAUGUUUUUUUUUCUUUUUUUUUUUUUCAAAAACAAAACAAAACAAAAACAUAGGUAACACUUUAUAAUAACUAUCCGUUUUACUAGUUAAUAGAUCAUUAGUAAACUGUUGAUAAAUGAUUUAUCGUUGAUUUGUGAAGUAUUUGUUAACAGUUUGUUAAGCAUUUACAGGGUGUUCUUGACCUGAAACACAGUUUGUGUCAAAACGUUUCAAGUUUUUGUGUGUAACGUUUGGCAUUUCUAUCUUUUCAGGUUAAGAAAUGCCGUUCACUUCAAAAGAAAAGGCAUUUUGAUAAGGCAUUUUGCAGACAGCGCUCAUGUUGCACAUUUAUGAAAAUCUGCCAUAGAACCAACAAAUAUUUGUACUUUUCUUUUUAUAUUUAACCAAUAAAACUUAUGACCUUCAACAUAAAGUGUAUAUAGUUUUAUUAAGAUCCAUCAACUAGCAUAGCCAUUUAGAAUGGGGUCAACCAUAUUGGAACACCCUGUAAAUGCUUAACAAACUGUUAAAUACUUCACAAAUAAACAAUAAAUCAUUUAUCACCAGUUUACUAAUGAUCUAUUAACUAGUAAACGGAUAGUUAUUAUAAAGUGUUACCAAAACAUAGUUACCUUUGCUAUGUUUAGAAGUCAUUUAAUGUUCCGAAACAACCGUUAAAGUUGAUAAAAUUGCUCCCGUUUUUGCAUUAGUUCCCUUCUGUCUACUUUUGACAUGUGACAAUUUUAAAACUGUUUCAUCAUUUAAAGAUGGACUCAAGUCAAGAUUUUCCCGAUUUAGGAGUAUUUUAGAUAAAAAGCUACUUAGGUUCACUAGGAAGGUUAACUACAACAGAGCCUUUCUGAGAAGUUUACUGCUCUAAAAUGGCGGCUGUUUACUAACGCUACAGAGUCUGUCAUUUCGCAUGUAGUUCUAUAUGCAUGAGAUAUCUAGGCGUAGGCUGUCGGCUGCAGUCGGGAAAUAUUGGAGCCACCUAGCCUAGCAUCGCGUUUGCUACAGCGUCACAACAAACACUCUUCCCUCUCCGUGCCUCUGACUUUUCUCGCGUCAUUCAACCAACGCAUUAACGAACGGAGGAAAAAAAAUGUAAUGCACGACAAACGUACAGAUUUUGAACGUAACGUACGGCGUACACAUUUAAAAAUCAGCGCUCACUUGUACAAAUUACGCCGAGACCGUACAACUUGACAAGUAUGAAUUAUAGUGGACCGUCACAGUUUGGUAGUAGCACUCUGUCCAACUAUCAGUGGUCACGGCAAAACUUUGUGCUUUAGCAAAGUCAUCUUUGAUGGCUUUGCGUGCCAUUUCAUAAAUGUUGGGGAAUACGUUGUUGGAGAAAUAUGUCAACGAGGGAACAAUGUAACGCGGGUCAAGCGUUGCAAAUAAAAUAACGAACCCCGCCGUGUGUUUUUACUGGUUGUCCUGCUCUGAGAAAGUGAUAUCUGUGGGUGAUGCUGGCUGAGGUGCUGGAGUCUUGUUAUAAGUGUUGCCAUUAGCAUAGGGAACAAGCACUGAGCAAUGCUUGCAAAUUGGUUUUUUUUUUCAAUAUUUUGUCUCCCUCCAAUUUUCUCUCCCACCGUAUUGAAGUCCACGGUGAAACUGAAAUGUUGCCACACCGCAGAUUUGAAAGAAGCCAGUGCUUCCUCAAAAUUCGGUCUCUCCGCUCCUCCGCUCGCCAUAGCUUUUUGUUUUCUUACUUGUUUCACUUUCACUUCGCUCGUAAGCGAGAGAGGGCGUUACGCGGCUUCUAUUACACAGGUGCUUGACAGCGGUCGGAUAUUUACCUGCGGCGGGGCUGGAAUUUCUCCACAGCUGUGCUUCACGUCGCACACAGAGCUCGACCAAUUCAUUCCACAAGCGUUCGGAAUAAAUUAAUUGCAAAACCGAAAAGGCGCGGUUCAUAAAGGCGUAUUGUACCGUAAAGGGCGAACCGUACGGUUCGGCUUUGAACCGCAAACCAUUGCACUCCUAAUAUUCACGGUACAAGAAAAUCGUUUCCAUGUCCAUCGAUUGGUAAAUAAAAUAAACGCUCAAUAAAGCUUUAUAAAUGAGCGUUCCCGUCAGGCGGGACAUUUCACGCGGGGCGGCUAUUUUUCGGCACAACACCGGCAACAUGGUGAAACGUGCAUUUAGAGGCUGUGGAAAAAGAAGAAAUGGGCAAAUGAAAGUUUCCACAAACUCAUUAUUAAGAAUGAGGAACAAUAUCAACUGGUUACUUGCUGCUGACUACGACAUUAAAAAAAAAAAUCAGCGGUGAAAAUAACCGAUGUGGUAUCACUCCGCCCUGCUCCUCUGCAGAGCUUCUGGAUUACAAAUGUUGCUCUUCAUACUACAUACAAUUAUUAACAUGCAAUGGUAAGUUUUAAUAAGUUUAUCCUGAAAACAUAGCCAACACCACUGAUUGCUUGGGUCAUCGAUGAUUUUGAUGAGUGUAUCUGUCGUUUUUUUAUUGGCGUGCUAAAUCGGCCCAAUGGCGUUACGCAAGCAACACGUCACUUUUGCUCAUCAAUAUUCAUGACGUUAGCAAUUCUGCCUAGGCGGGUCAACCACCCGUUUGUCCCUAAUUGUAAAUGAAUGGAAAUAGUGUACGAACGAGAUGUUUACUGAGCUAAACCUACCAACUCUGUCCUAAAAUGAUGUCCCUGGUGCCAAAUUCACUGGUAAAGAUGUGGAAGAACAUACAAAUGUUCAGUUAAAGAGAUGGCUUGGGUGUCGAGGGCUGAAAAAGACGGGGAAAAAAGCAGAGCUGACCUAAACUUAACUUUUUUAUCAACACUUUUUUCUUAUGCCACUGACAAUGACAUUCUCCUGUUUCAACAAUCUAUCCUUUACCACCAUAUGCCCUGUCUGUCUUAUAUAUUAUAUCCUCUGGUUGUCUUAUGUCUCUGACUGUUCUUGGAGGCAAUUUACAUUACUCUUUAUGUGUAGCGAUCGCAAAUGCUACUCGGUGACAGCCAACGAACACUUUUAAUUUUUGUCAUUAAUAACAAACCCUAAUUCUAUCAUUUAUUUACACUUCCCCCUUACUAAAGUUCUUUUUUUUUUUUUUUUUUACAACAAAAAAAUAACGGUGGUAGUCAGAUACCAUUUUAAUUUGUAGUAGGU